GUCGCGAGCCCCGGGACGCAGUCCCAGCCCGGCAGGCAGCCCCAGCCUCUGCCGAUGCCGUCCCGGGGACGCAGACGCCAGAGCCCCUCCGGCCAGGGCAGGGACCUGGGCCGGCCCAGCCAGGUUGGCAGGCGGCAUGAGGCCCCGGGCUCUAGUGUAUUCCAGAAGGGAGACGAGCCCUCCAGGCCCUGCCCAAGGCUCACUCUCUGGCUCUGACAGCCCCAUGGCCCUAGCCGGCCACUGAGCCCCACCAUGGGCAGCCUGUACUCAGAGUACCUAAGUCCCAGCAAGGUCCGGGAACACUAUAAUUACACCAAGGAGACCCUGGACACUCAGGAGACGCCCUCCCGCCAGGUGGCCUUGGCCCUCAUCAUCAUCCUCUGCUUUGCCAUCGUGGUGGAGAACCUGCUGGUGCUAAUCGCAGUCGCUCGCAAUAGCAAGUUCCACUCGGCCAUGUACCUGUUCCUGGGCAACCUGGCCGCCUCGGACCUACUGGCAGGAGUGGCCUUCAUAGCCAAUACCCUGCUCUCGGGCCCGGUCACGCUGGGGCUGACACCGGUGCAGUGGUUUGCCCGAGAGGGCUCCGCCUUCAUCACGCUCUCCGCCUCUGUCUUCAGCCUCCUGGCCAUCGCCAUCGAGCGGCACGUGGCCAUUGCCAAGGUCAAGCUCUACGGCAGCGACAAGAGCUGCCGCAUGCUGCUGCUGAUCGCCGCCUCGUGGCUCAUCUCACUUGCUCUCGGCGGCCUGCCCAUCCUUGGCUGGAACUGCCUGGGCCACCUCGAGGCCUGUUCCACCGUUCUGCCACUUUACACCAAGCACUAUGUGCUCUGCGUGGUCACCAUCUUCUCCGUCAUCCUACUGGCCAUUGUCGCUCUGUAUGUCCGCAUCUACUGCGUGGUCCGCUCCAGCCAUGCCGACGUGGCUGGCCCCCAGACGCUGGCCCUGCUCAAGACGGUCACCAUCGUGCUGGGUGUCUUCAUCGUUUGCUGGCUGCCUGCCUUUAGCAUCUUGCUCCUGGACUACGCCUGCCCCGUCCGGUCCUGCCCUGUCCUCUACAAGGCCCACUACUUCUUUGCCUUCGCCACCCUGAACUCAUUGCUCAACCCGGUCAUCUACACGUGGCGCAGCCGGGACCUGCGGCGGGAGGUACUGCGGCCGAUGCAGUGCUGCCGGCGGGCGGGGGGGGUUCAAGGACGGCGGGGGGGGACCCCGGGCCAUCGGCUCCUGCCUCUCCGCAGCUCCAGCUCCCUGGAGAGGGGCACGCACAUGCCCACGUCACCCACAUUUCUGGAGGGCAACACGGUGGUCUGAGGGGCAAGUGGGCCGCCAGGCCAUGGUAGCGGGCUCCAUGGAGAGGCGCCGGGUGACCUCAGACAGAGAUGGGGGGGCUGCCAAGCAAGAUGCCCCCACGCCACAGACCUGGGUGAUAUUGAAAAUAUUUCACCCCGGGCACAGCCAGCUGAGACACCGACCCGUCGGAUGGCGGAGCUGCAGCAGGGUCAGAGGCUAGUGCAGUAGCUGAAGUGACCCCCCCCUUCAGACCUGAAUCAUGGGGAGACUCCGGGGGACCAGGAAGGGGCCUAGGUGACAGCAGGCAAGCACUUGGGGAGCUCAGGGCAGGAACAAUUUACAACCCGGUACAAGGGAUUUCAACAUUUCAUGACUCUCUGACCCUCUGCCCUGUACAGAACUUCCUUCUCUGAAUC